CUGUUGCCCGGCGAGGGCCAUCGGAGCCCGCCGAGGCCACCAGGAACCCGUCCGAGAGGCGCCGACUCCGCCUGAGGAAGCAGCAGUGCCCCCGGGGCUGGAGGGCCGCGGGCUCGUCACGGAAGGCGUCGGCAAGCCCGGGACCGCCGGCACGACGCGCCCGGGGCUGCCGGCGCCGCUGCCGCCCUGCCCCUCAGCGCCCUCCUCCGCAGGUCCUGGCCGGACCACAAGCAACGCGGCUGUGAGCGCUGUCUUCAGAGCGGCGCCGUACAGCGGACAGGACCCGGCCGGGCCGGGCCGGGCCGCCGAGGCUCAUGCGGGCUGCGGGCGGCGGCGAGAGCGGGGAGGCGGCAACGGCCCUCGGCGGGCCGGCAGCCCGCGGCGAGUCGCUGACGGCGCUAAGCCUUUGCAGUUGCAGAUGCAGGCAUGGGGAGGGCAUCCGCAUCUCCUCAGCUGGGUCCUGUGCCAGAGCCCACCUGGCAUCCCAGGGGCCCUCAGAGAGCCAAGUCCGUGGCUGCAAAAGCAAAGUCCUACCAGCACACAUCAGAAAUCCUAAAGGCAAUCCUGAAGGACCUGGAGGGAUCAGCCUACGAGCUGGGCCCUGAGACCAAGGAGAAAGAGACGCUCCAGGAAGAAGGCCACAGACCCGAGGUGCCAGUCUCUGCCCAGAAAACAGGGGCAGGUGAGGCUGGCAGGAGAAGCACAAACCCUGGGGAUGCUCAGGAUUUCCAGAAGUACUGCAUAGAAGGUGUCGUGGCCGUCCUGGGCUCCGUACUCUUUGGGAUGCUGCUGUGCUGUGCUCUCUGUGUGUGGAAGAGGAGGAGAGACCAGAGGAGUCCAGUGCAGCUCCCUCUGCCACCUCUGGUGCCUCUGCCGCAGCUGCUGCUGCAAUGCCCCAGACACCGAGCCAGGAGCAGCUGCUGAGGCACCAACUGCUUGUGAAGGAGAAGCAGGUGCUGAAGCUUCGGCAGAAGCUGUCCAAGCUGGAGCAGGCUGGAGCACAGCUGGUGAGUAGGACAGGUGGGGACCCUGCUCUGGUGAGGCUCAGCUUCUGUGGGGCAGUCCUUGGGUGUCCUGGUGACUGCCAGCAUCACUUGGCAUGGAGCAAGGCGAGUCCAGCUGGGGAGCUUGGGCAGCAUUUGCUAAUGGAAAAGCCUUGAGAGCUGCACUGCAAAUGGAGGCCAAAGCAGGGGGAUUUGUUGGGGUUUUCUUCUGAGCUUCCCUCACAAUGAUCCCUGCCUCUGCUCUUGCUGCUGCUCAGGCAGGAGAGAUGACCUCCAUGCAGGCAGAAGCACAGGGCAGAGAGGAAGGGAGAGCAAGGGGCAGCGAGCAGCCUGCUGAGGCACAGCUGCCACCUGCCCACCCUGCGCAGGGACUGCAGGGGAGAGCACUCAAGAGGAGAGUGAGAAGUUUGUUUCCCCUUUCAUCACCUCCUAAAAUGAGAAGGGUCCAUCAGGGAGGCCCUGAGCAGUGCCAGGUGGAAGCAGACAGCCAAGCAGCAGCAGCAGCUGGCAGCAGGAGCUGAUGUCCUCUCUCUGUGGAGUGGUUUCUGAAGCUGUGAGGUUAUGCCCUUACUGCCAGGCUCAGCAUUCUUGUUCUGAAGAAACACAGACAGUUGGAGAUCUCUUGAUGGUGCCUGCUCUGCAGGAGAGGUGGCUCUGAACCACAGGCUCUGCCACUGUCUGACCCCGGCGUAAGGAACGGGAUGGCUGCAGUGUGUUGUGCUCUGCAACGAGGCAGUUGGGCAUAUUCUGGGUUAGAUUUGGCAACCUUUGGGUGCCUGUGAGGGACAAAAAGGUGUUUCUGAUCCUUGAGUGGCUUAGCUCUAGGUCAUUUAUUCUUUCUGUCUAAACACAUGAAUGGCUGCUGUGCUGCAGUGAUGUUGUCAGUGGUGCUGAGCAGACCUGCAUGAACCUAGUUGCCAACUCACCGUUUUGGGGGGAAAAAAGUUGGGUUUUGGCAUAUUCAAAUAAAGCAAAUACAAACUA